CCUACACAAUAAAAUGCAGUACGAUGACGUCAUAGCCCAGUUUGAUUUACUUUUAUAAAAUAAAAUAAAAAACAAUAGAGUAUAUCACCGCGUGUGUAAAAGUAUCAAUUAUCAUAAAUUCGCGUACAGCUGUAUAUGAGCCCCCCGUUAAACAGGACUUUCUAAAUAUAUUUAAACCAUUUAGAGGGCCAAACCAAAGACAAAAGAUAGACCUAGUGAUAUCUAAUAAUAUAUAAUGAUGUAUAGUUAAUGAAGUAUAAAAGCAUCGGGGUCCUUAUUGGUGUGAGAUUUGAGUGAACAUUAGCAUUUCCCGUUGGCGGCAUAGACCUUUAUUGUGAAAGUGUUGGCCGGAAGUGUUAUGUAGCGAAAGCAGAAAAAAGAGGAGGCCAAAUGGGAGAAUCCCGACGCUGAACAUCUUCGCCGCACAUUUUCCCCUCAUCGAGCGUUCAAAUGUCAGCGGGGACGCAAAAAGACGACGUUUGAUUUUUCUAGUUUUCGUUUUUGUCUUCUUGAAUUUUUUGGGGUGUAUUUAUUUAUAUAUAUAUAUAUAUAUAGCUUUUCAUAUUUGCUCUUUUGUCCUUGUUGUUGUUUUGUGUGAUGGCCGACGGCGUCCUCAGCAUCAGGACCAGCUCGGGAGGGCCGGAACCGCUCGGACGAGCGACACUCCAGCCGCACACCUAACCGCAUCACGAAACCGCCUUGACCUUUGCUGACCUUUGACCUUCCCAUCACCCGGCGCCCAAACGCUCGGCGCCAUGACGUGAGCGGUGGCGCUGUCGCCGACUUCAAAUCGCUAACGGGAUGUCGCAGCCGGCGGCCGCCGAGAAGGCCCGGGCGGAGCUCAACGAAAACCCCGACACGCUGCACCGCGACAUCCAGCGGGUGCGAGACAUGAUCGUGACGCGACCGGACGUGGGCUUCCUGCGAACGGACGACGACUUCGUCCUGCGCUUCCUGCGGGCGCGCAAGUUCGACCCGGUGGAAACCUUCCGCCUGCUGGCGCAGUACUUCCACUUUCGCCAGCAGAACCUGCACAUGUUCCACAGCUUUAAGGUGCGGACACGCACGCCGAUCGCGCGGGCGCUCGUUAACAGGACGCGUGUGCGCCAGGUGGACGAGCCGGGCAUCAAGCGGGCGUUGACGGACGGCUUCCCGGGCGUUCUGGAGACUCCGGACCAACACGGUCGCAAGAUCCUCAUCCUGUUCGCCUCCAACUGGGAUCAGAACAGGAACUCGUUCACGGACAUCCUGCGGGCCAUCUUGCUGUCGCUGGAGGUUCUGAUCGAGAAGCCCGAGCUGCAGAUCAACGGCUUCGUGCUCAUCGUCGACUGGAGCGACUUCUCCUUCAAGCAGGCCUCCAAGCUCACGCCCAACGUCCUCAAGCUGGCCAUCGAGGGCCUGCAGGACAGCUUCCCAGCGCGCUUCGGCGGCAUCCACUUCGUCAACCAGCCGUGGUACAUCCGCGCCAUGUUCACCAUCAUCAAGCCCUUCCUCAAGGACAAGACCAGGAAGCGGCUCAUCCGGCCCGACUGUCUGCCGUCCGAGUUCGGCGGCACGCUGCCGCCGUACGACACGGGCACGUGGGCGCGCACCCUGCUGGGCCCCGACUACACGGACGAGACCGAGUACACCCUCACUUACGACGCGCUGCGCGUCCAACAGAACGGCGGCGGCGGCGGCGGCCAGGAGCUCAUGAAAAGGUCUCAGUCGGUCGCCAACCCUGCCACGCUGCGACAGACGGACCGCGAGAGCAGCGCCCCGCUCCUGACCCUGGACUGAACACACACACACGCAACACACACAACACACACACUUGCUGGAUUUUCACUCGUGCUGUUUCGUCCCGUCCCGCUGAACUUUGACUCGUACUUCCUGUUUCUGAGCCCGAGUGUGCGUGUGUUUGUGUGUGUGUGUGCAGCCUCAGCAGCGCGCGCGCGCGCACACACACACACGUGACCCUCGACCGUGUUUGUGUGUCCCUGCGCAGGAAUGUAGAAAAGGUUCUCACGACUUUAGUGAAUGUUUGCUCACCAUCACCACCAUCAUCUUCAUCCCUUUCUUUCUUCGUUUAUUUUGGGGCGAUUCUCGUUGAGCGUUUCGCAACCGAGGCCCAAAUCUGACUUUGAUUUCCCCGGCAAAGGCGUUCCAAUGUUGUUCUUCGGCCUCUUGAAUUUUCUCCUCUUUUCGCAUCGGCGACCUUCUGCCAUCUAGUGGACAGGCGUUUCAUUGCUCGGCCUGUUGGCAAAUGUCGCUGGCAUCGAUAGAAGAACAGAGAUGCAUUAUUUGUAGUACUUCAUCAAUUCAGCCAUUCAACAGAUUAUUCUUUUGUAUUUUUUUGGAACCUCUCCCCUGUUAUUCAUGCGUUAUUACUGUUAUUAUUUUUGAAAUGCAAUCCCCUGCCUAUUUGCUUUUUUUCCCCCACGAAUAGCCAUCUUGACUAUAUUGAAGUGUGUUAAGGAGCUUCAUUGAGACAAAAGUAGUGCAAUGCUGCAAUCUUGUGGAAUUAUUGGUCAGCGAUUAGCAACCUUUUUAGCAGGGCGUCAAUUGUGGAUUUUUUUGCUAUUUGACUCAUGGGGUCCAACUGUAAAAAAAAAAAUCAUAGUUUUCGGCGCAAUUACGUAAAAUUGGGAUCAUUUCUUUCGGUCUUUUCUUGAUCUCUGAAAUCUUUUUAGUUCAACACAAAGCUGACACGUUCGCAAGAAGCCCAAAAUGAUCCAAGCUUAUCGCCACGGACUUAUUUGUUCAAUAUUUAUGACGAAAGGUCCACCUGCAGACGGGCGUCAGUAUUGUGCUGUCAACACACACCAAAUGCCAAAGUGUCACUGAAGAGAAAAACUCUUUUGAUUGAACUUGCUACAAGAUUGUACAGUGGAUGUCAUCGUGCGCUGCAAAAACGGCGGACGACUUUUUUUGUCGCAGAUGUGAAGACGGAAAAAAUGUUGUCGUGGCCUCCCGCAGGGCGCUCGGGGGACAUCGGGGCUACACCCAUCUCUUGUCAUGUAUUUACUGCAGAAUGUAAACUAGUAAACAUUUACACCUC